AUGAAUGGGGAAGAUAGGGAUAAAUACCUGGCCCGUAUUCUUAACGCAUGUGCAAAGUUUAUUGAAUCAGGAAGCAUCAUGAACGCAGAUACUGGACUGGACUAUAUUGCUCAUAUUGCCUCCCCUUAUGGUGAUGCAAUGCAAAGGGUAGCCACCUAUGUUAGUGAGGGUCUAGCCUUCCAAGUUCUGAAAAAUUUGCAGGGAGUACCUAAAGCUGUCAAUCUGUCAAAGACAAUGUCAACCUCGGAAGAACAACUUGUUAAGAAGACAUUCUAUGACCUGUAUCCAUUCUUAAAGACUGCAUACGUAAUCACAAGUCAUGCCAUUGCUGAAGCUGUUGAAGGAGAAGAAGUGAUCCAUGUCAUUGAUCUCUGUGCAUCUGAUGCUGCUCAGUGGAUUUAUCUUAUGCAUAGAUUAAAGGAAAGCCUGAAGAGCCCCUCACUUCUGAAAAUCACAGGCAUACAUGAGAAGAAGGAAAUUCUAGAGCAAGUGGACACUCAACUAAGAGCAGAAGCUAAAAGUUUGAACUUCAAACUCGAAUUCAAUGCUAUUGUAAGCACUUUGGAGAAUGUUGACCUUGAAGAAUUGCCUGUGCAGAAAGGAGAGCCUCUUGCAAUCAGCUCAGUGCUUCAGCUGCACACUCUUCUGGCCACUGAUGAUGCAGUGGUCUGCAACAGGAGCUCGAAGGAAGAACCAAUGCAUCAAAGGACAUUUGCUGAGAUGCUUGGGAAACAAAAGACCAACCUCAGUUCUGAAUCAUCGUUGUUACAACUUUCUCUGUGUGCUACUUCAACCAAGAUGAUGGACUUUCUAAAGGGCCUGUGGAAACUCCAACCUAGAGUGAUGGUGGUUACUGAACAAGAAUCCAGUGGCAAUGGUUCUUUGACAGAAAGGGUUGACAAAGCAUUGGACUUUUACGGUGCAUUGUUCAACUGUUUGGAAUCAACUGUUUCAACAACACUAGUACAGAGAAACAUCAUGGAAAGGACUCUACUGGGGCAAGAAAUAAAGAACAUUGUUGCAGGUGAAGGAGUUGAGAGAAAGGAAAGGCAUGAGAAACUUGAGACUUGGAUCCCAAAGCUAGAAAUGGCCGGGUUUGGGAAGAGACAUAUUAGCAAUCAUGGGAUCAUGCAAGCAAGAAAACAGUUGCAUGGUUAUGGAAAUGGAUACAGGCUUUGUCCCGACAAUAAUUCUUUGUUUGUCUGCUGGAAUGAUAAACCUCUCUUUUCUGUGUCAGCCUGGACAGUUCAGAAGAUGAAUAACAUGGUUAUGUAA